GUGUGUGUGCGUUUCUUGCGAAAAGCACGAAACGUCAACCUGACAGGGACGUUUACAAGGUGUUGCAGCGGUGUGCGUGGCGAAGUGGUGUUGGUGAAGGCUCUGUAAAUACUAUCACUAUCUCCCUCUGAUAUAUUCACCACCCAAUCCAUCGUCGAGUGCGUGAGUGAGACAGUGGCACAGAGUGACAACUAAAGUGAGAUCUGUCCGCCAUUUUCUAGUCGCCAUCGAAGGUGAAAACCUUACUAGAUGUUGGUGUUAAGAGAAUUUUCUCAUUUCUAGAGUGAUUUUGCCACUGUUUUAAAGUAUUUUAUGGCUAAAGUGAAGUGUUGUGUGACAUGAAAAUGUAUUUACUGCAGCAAUGACGCAUCAAAACCACCAAACUAACGGCGCCAGUUUGGAGGAUUGCCACACAAAUUUUUUCGCCUUGACCGAUCUUUGCGGCAUAAAAUGGCGUAAAUUGGUCAUAGGUGAACGACCGAAUGCGUCCAGUGAUCCACUGGACGAUCCAGUAUUGCGUUCAUACUCCCGAUGUUUAGCCGCCGAUAUGCUGUGCGUUUGGCGACGUGUCGCCGCCGUAAAAUCGGAACCGUCCGGUGCUUUAUACGACAUAAGUUUGCCGGUACAGGCUUCCACGGGCAAUGGAUAUGUGGUGCAUCCACCCCUGUCGCUCAGCGCCGCCAAAGAGCUCUGGAUCUUUUGGUAUGGCGAAGAGCCAGACCUGACUGAUCUGGUCGUGCCCGAACUUCUCAAGGCUAAUGAAGGCAGUGAACAAGGAUCGUGGGAAAGCGCCUUAUCUUAUGAAUGCCGUUCUCUACUCUUCAAAGCGUUGCAUAAUCUCAUUGAAAGGAGUCUUCUGUCGCGAGAUGUUGUCCGCCUUGGCAGGUGGUUCGUACAGCCGGGCUCAGGUGGCGAUCGUGCAUCUGGCAAGAGCUCCCACCAUCUGUCAUUCUCAUUUGCAUUCUUCGUGCACGGCGACAGCACGGUGUGCGCCUCGAUGGACCUGCGAGAGCAUCCAGUGGUGCGUCGGCUGACGCCAGAAUAUCUGGCGGAGGCGCAGGCGAAUAGUGGCGGCGAGGUGCGCCCGAAGCCCGUCAUCCUGGCACCAUUUGGCCUGUCGGCGACCUUGACGGGACAGACCUUUCGGUCUGGAUCAAUGGAUCCGGUCACGCAGAAGGCACUGGACGACUGGUGUGCCUUCUAUCCGCUCAACACCAGCGCCAAGGAGGCCACGGAUCUGCCGCCCAUGGUGGAGGUCGUCUCGGGCGGCAUUAAGCUACGUUACCCAUCGAAGUAUGUCCUAGUCACGGAUAUCGAUGACAGUGCCGCAACUGUGGGCAAAUCACUCACCGCCGGGCCCCAAGGGAUGCCCAAUGGUGUUGUGAGUGAGAAGUGUUCAGCUGUGGUCUCGGAGAAUGAAGUCACAUCACACUCACUGCCUGACAUCCCCUUCAAUCACAAUGAUCUGGGCAAUCCGCUCAGCAUGCAUCUGGCACCAUCUGUGGCGACGGUGUUGCCGGAGCGCGUGUGGCAGGAUUGCAUCACCAGUCCACUGGCUCAGGCCUCCACGGCGACCUCGUCCUCCUGCGGCAAUGUGGUGCCCAUGUCGUCGACAUCGCCGAGUGGGAGCAGCAGUAGCAGCAGCAGCAGUAGCACGGGGAAUUCGGGCAGUCAGGGCAUCACCAUUAAGCAGGAGCCCGGCGAGGUGGGAGCAACGCCACCAUCAAAUGGUGGCAGUGACAUUGUUACCUCGACGGGCAGUUGGAACUUCACAGAUCCAACGCUGAAGGCAUCGUGCAGUUGUCUCAGGUGUAGAAAAAUGACUGGACGCUCGUCGGCGACAAGUGGUGGGAAAUCGAGUGGUCGGACUGAGAAGGGCGGUCGCUUGAAUCGGGUGCUGUUCCAUCGGCGACCCAACUCGAUGGUGUUGCAUGGAUCCGGUCCGGCUGGAUCAACAAAGCCAUCCGCAUCGCCUCAGUCGUCCCCGUGUGCAUCCACGAUCGUCGCCACAACUGGCAAGGAUGCCUCCACUUCCUCUACUGCCACACCGACCAGUCAAAGGGUGGGAAACCAGCAACAGAGCCAUCCAUCAUAUCCAAGACACUCGUCGCUGGCUGAAUCUCUAGCCCCAAUACCGUCCGUCGGAUCUCCAGGCAGUGCGGGACCAUCGCCUCAUCCCAACUCCACGCAGUCACAGCCCACGUCUGUUCCCUCGGCGGAUCAGAUGCUAUCAACCAUAUCACCGCAUCCACCGUCAUCUGUGAGCGCCAUCGUUCAGCCACCGACGCCAAUUGAGGCGCACCUGGACAAGAACACGCCCGCCCCGACGCCAACGGACCAACACGAUGCCAAGGCGGUGGCAUCGCCAUAUCAGCAGCAACAGCAGCAGCAGCAGCAAUCGAUAUCUGGUGAUAUGACUGUGGCGACGCCGACGAGUCAAGCCUCGGCUGUGGCGUCCAGCGCGGCCACCGCGACGGCGUCCUCGACGGCGCCCAAGAGUGAGCAGCAGAUGCUGCAAGUGAAGAAAGUGGACCCGAGUGGUAGUCUGAAGACUACGACAAUUCUCAGUAACAAUAUUAGCAGUAAUGUUUGUAAUUUAAGUGUUAAUAACAGUGCUAGUAAUUGUAACUUAAGUAACAAUAGUGGAAUUAGUUGUAAUAGUAGUAGUUUUGUGUCAUCACUGAAGAGACCACAACUUUGUUCGAAAGACUAUGAGAAUAUCAUUGAUGAUGACUACGUGCCGCACCAGCUGCUCUAUGAUUACUCAACAUGGGAAGCAUGGCUCAAUCAUCCAGUAAAACGGUACAAACCCAACGAAGAAUCAAAGGUAAAUCAAAGCUACGACUUGUACGCGGGCCGAAUUCACACGCAGCCUCAUUUUCCACCCGUGACGCCACCGUUGGCAAUUGAGGGACAGGCGAAGAGUGCAGUGAGUGCGGCUGGAGCGAUCGCCGCCACACCGAUGGAUGAGGAGGUGGCGUCGCCGCUUCUGCAGGCGCACGAAAUCAAGAAGGAGGCCGCCGAUACUGAGGCUGGCAAGGAGGCCAAGUGUCUCACAGAGAGUCUCUUCACCAGCGAAGGUCUCCAGGCGUCCUACAAGGAUCUGGAUCAGAUCUUCGACAGUUCAGAUGAGACAUCAAAUGAUGAGACGAUACCCGUCAAUGUUCACACCCCACCUGGCUCCAAUAAGUCCACCAGUGGCAUGGAUGAGAAGCGAUGCGUGAGCAAUCCCAGCACCGGUGGCAUCAGGCCGUAUGGGAAUGAGGAGUUAUCGAAGAUGUUUCCCACGCCGCCGAGUCUGGAGCAUCAUCCCAACUCCAGUCCGUGUGGCGGAGCUCUCUCAGAUGUCCCCAUGACAGACAUACACAGUCCAAAGCUGAAGCUGGAGAACUACCCGAAUCUGGGCAGCCCCGGCGAUGAGCCCAUCGAGGAUUGGACGUAUGUGUUCGUCCCGCCGAAUAUGACAAAGUUCGUGGGUUCCUCCAAAUACUCCCCGCUGACGAAUUUACCCAGUCAGUCGCUGAUGCCGGUGUCACUGCCGUCGAUGGCGAUGUACAAGCCGUCCUGGUUGCAGCAACAAUUGACAAGCAGCAGCAAUAGCAGCAGCAACAGCAGCAACAGUGGCUCGGGUGGCACGACUAGUCUGCCGAGUGGGAGUGGAGAUCGCGGUGGUGUGACGCAGGUGAAGCAGGAGCGCGUGGAACCGCCACUAUCAACGCCAAACACACCGGCAAUGCCAACACCGCCAAACCCCAUGUCCCGACCGUCGCCUGUUGGCUUGAUGGGCGGACCCAUGGGCGGUGGACCGCCACCGCCGCCGCCGCCCAACAUGAUGACGCCAAAUGUGAUGAUGCCGAUGGGGAUGAAUAUGAUGGCGAACGGGAACUAUGGUCAGGGACCGCCGAUGCAGGGCCAUCCCGGAGCGAUGCUCAAGCCUGGCAUGUCGCCCAUCUCACCGGCAACUGGUCAGUUUCCCACUGUGGGCAGUCCCAUGCAUGGUUUGCAGCAUCCAUUCAGGCGGACACCAAUUCCACCGCCGCCACCGUAUGAACUGGCCAUCGCCAGUCCUGCCACCUCCACCAGCAGCUAUCUCAACAAGCAGUUCAACUCACAAGAGCCGGCGACGCCGUCAAUGGGGCCUCGCGGGGCGCCCGAGGCGAAUGCCCUCCUCGUGAAUGUUCUCCUGUACGACACCCUCCUCAACAUUUUUCGUGAUCACAACUUCGAUAGCUGUACAAUUUGUGUGUGCAAUGCGGGGAAGAAGUGCGUGGGGAACAUCAGAGGAUCGGACAGUGGAGUGUAUCUGGCGCUGCCGGGAACCACCUUUGCCUCCAUGACAUCAGCACUGGGGAAUAACAGCUUGUAUGGUGGCGGAAACUUCGGUAUUGACUCGCCGGCGGGCAUGGGAAAUGGUCAGAAUGGAUAUUUUGAUGAGGAUCCCAUCAAGUGCCAGUGUGGCUUCAGUGCAGUGAUGAAUAGACGACUGGCGCAUCGCGCCGGGCUGUUCUAUGAGGAUGAAAUGGAGAUUACGGGCAUGGCGGAGGAUCCGAGUUGUCACAAGAAGCGCUCUCUGUUGACCAUCAUUCUGGGACAGGCGACUGGUGAUGGAUCGCCUGGCGGUGAUGCGAAGGAUGUGGUGGUGAAGCAGGAGAAGACGAGUGAUGGUGGAAGUUCAAGCAACUGUGAUAAUAUGCCGCUGGUACUGAUGGAUUUGCUCCGGGAACAGUGUGCAGUAGUACAAAGUUCAUCCAAUUCCAUACAGCGUGCAAUCAAGUGUUUCCGGGGACUUGUGGCGACGUCCACAGUGGCCAGCACAUCCUCUAGUGUCACACUCAAUGUGCUAGACUACACUGAUGCUCAGGAUGUGAUCAGUUUGGCGCUGGAGCAGGGCAGAAUAGCGUAUGAGACGAACAUCAUUUGCAAGAUGGAGAUGGAUAGUCACUACAAUUCGAGAUUGGCAAUGGUGCCAGGACCGCCGGUGAAGAAUGGUCUGAGUGUGCACAAGUGGCCGUACGUGAGGGCGAAUGGACCGCGGAGUAAUCAGGACAUUGUGAGGAUUAUGAAGUCGAUGCAGCCUCUGUUGCAGGAUGCAUUCCACAAAAAGUGCACCACUCGACUCUGGGAUGCGCCGUACACUGUCCAGGGGCCGCUCACGUGGCGACAAUUCCAUCGAUUGGCCGGCCGAGGGACGGGACAGUGUGAACCGCAGCCCAUUCCGUCAGUUGUGGUGGGUCACGAGAAGGAUUGGCUGUCCGUGGCGCCCUAUGCCAUUCACUACUGGGACAAGUUGCUCCUCGAGCCCUACUCUUAUGCUCGUGAUGUGGCAUAUGUUGUCAUAACGCCGGACAAUGAUCAUGUUGUGAAUCGGGUGAAGACGUACUUCAAAGAGCUGAGCACGACGUACGAGAUGUGCAAAUUGGGACGCCAUACGCCCAUCAAGGGAUGGGAAGGAGUGAUGCGAGUGGGCAGGAAUGUGAAGAAUCUCUCAGCUCUGCCCGGAUUGACACCAAAUGCCACGAGCAAUGACUCCAUCGAUGAGUGGUUCACGAUGUUGGGUGACAGCAAGAUAAGCGAAUACCUCAAGUUUUAUGCACAGGCGUGUCAGGUGCAAUUGGUGCCGUAUCUCAACAAAGUCUCGACGGACAAGAGUCUCCUGGAUCCACCGGAGAGUGCAAAUUCAAUUGGGAGCGGAAAUCUCAACAAGGAUCGCUCACUGCCCAGUCCAAUGCCACCACCGAGCACGCCAGAGUCAUCGCAGACAUCCGACAAGGCGCCAAGUACACCAAAGUCUGACAAUGAUAGUGAAAAUCAGCGAGAAUCACUCAAUACAUCGAGUUCAACGCCCAACAGUCAUUCUGAUCCUUUGGGAUCGUCUGAAGACGAUGAGGUCAAUCCUCCCUGUAUUGUUGUGUACAUCGUUGAGCCCUUCACAUGUCUGUCAAACACAUCGGAUAAGCAAAGAUUGGCUGUAUUGGCACUCCUGCGCUGCUACUCAAACAUCCUAUCGUCUGUGCCGGAGGGAAUCAGGAGUAAUAUUCAAUUUCAGCUGAUUUCACAAGAGAGCAUCAUGGAAUUGGGCAGGAGUCGGGAUCAGUUGCGUUUCAGUGAUGAGAUGCGCUGCCUGGCUCUGAGUGUCUUCUCACAAUGUCGUCGCUUCCUCACGCACACGAGCAAUGUGAAGAGCUUGACGGGCUUCGGAACAGCAGCUAAUAUGGAAUUGUUCUUGAAGAACAAGGACGAGAAGAAUCGCGAGCCUUACAAGUUGUACACGCCGCCGUACAUUUUGGCGGCGCAGCAUGAGAAGAGUGAGAAUGCGGAACUCUUUGGCACGGCCAGUAUUGAGCAGCAGUCUUCAGUGCUGUACUGCAGCUAUUGCUUGUCAGAGGAUCAGAGUUGGUUGUUGGCCGUGGCGACGGACGAACGGGGUGAAUUGCUGGAGACGGUGACGAUAAAUAUUGACAUCCCGAACAGGAGUCGACGGAAGAAGGCGUCAGCCAGGCGAUUGGGCUUGCAGAAGCUGAUGGACUUCAUUCUGGGUGUGAUAUCGCAGAGUGUUCAGCCGUGGCGACUGGUUGUGGGUCGAAUUGGACGGAUUGGGCAUGGUGAACUGAAGGGGUGGAGUUGGCUGCUGAGUAAACAGAAUCUCCUUAAGGCUUCCAAGCAGCUCAAAGACAUCUGCAAACAGUGCUCUCUCAUGUAUCCUCAUGCCGCACCCAGUAUCCUCAGUGCAUGCCUAAUCACGCUAGAGCCAGACUCCACACUUCGCGUGAUGCCCGAUCAAUUCACGCCGGAUGAGCGCUUCAGUCAGAUCUCAAUGCAGAAUCCCUUGUCGACACCUCAGGAUGUCACAUGUACGCAUAUCCUCGUCUUUCCCACCAGUGCCAUUGCUCAGUCAUCACAAACCGCCUUCCAAGACAUCCAGCACAUCAAUGACCUGGAUGAGGAGUUCUUCCCGAGCCUGGACGAUGGAGAGGGCAUGGAUGAGAUGGAUGCGACCAUGAAUGGGCUCGGGGACAUUUUCGAUCAAUGGGACACCGAACCACAAAUGCCGCCUGCAAGUCCUGAACGUGCCUCCAAGUUGGGGAGUCCUGGCGGAAUGGAGGACAACAGGAGUCGCCAGAGUCCGGGUCCCAGCGGUGGGAAUUGUCAAUCGAGAAAUGCUCACUCGUCGCAGGACACGGAAGAGGUUGGCCAGUUGUUGCAGCAACCACUGGCGCUGGGCUACUUGGUCUCCACGGCGCCCACGGGCCGGAUGCCGUCGUGGUUCUGGUCAUCGUGUCCGCACAUGGAGAAUGUGUGUCCGGUGUUCCUCAAGACGGCCCUCCAUCUGCACAGUCCGGCCAUUCAGCAGAACACGGACGACUUGCUGCAGCAGAAUCACUCCUCCGCCACGGAUCAUCCGCUGGAUUCGCAGUUCACGGCAGAUGUGCUGCGGCACGUGCUGGAGGGCUACAAUGUGCUGUCGUGGCUGGCGAUGGAUGCCAACACGCGUGACAGGCUGUCGUGUCUGCCCAUUCACGUGCAGGUUCUCAUGCAGCUCUAUCACAUGACGGCGGCGCUCGCGUGAGCGGAGUUGGACGAAAUACUCACAGGAAACUGACUUCCGUAGAUUUUUAGGCUUGAUAUAAGAGAGAGAGACGCGAACGCUGAUUGGUUUGAGUCUAUCCGGAAGGAGAGAGUUGUACCAGAAAGAAAUCCUGUAGAAUAUCAUUUUAAUUAUAUUGAUUAUAUUGAAUAGUUGAUUUACAUCCGCAUAAUGGCCUCCUCUUUGGAUUAUCUGUGAUACUAGAUACUAAUAUGUGAAUGAUGAGCGAAAGGGAAGAGAGAGAGAGAGAGAGAGGGAGUAAGAGAAGGGACGAUAGUGAGAGAAAAGCAUACAAGUAAAUUAUAUAAAGAGACAUAGAGAUGAGAGUAUAUUAAACAAUUGAGAAGAAAACACACGUUUCAAAUGUAUAAUUCUUAAGAAUUGUAGCUGAAUAUUUAAAAACAAUAUUGUAUUUAUAUGCAAUUUCAAAAUGAUUUUUCAAAAUAUUUUUUUUUAAUUAGAAAAUAUAUAUAUAUAUUUAAUUUUUUUCUAUAUAUACAGAAAUGAUAAUUGUAUAAAGAGCAGCAUAUAAAGGUAGUUAAUUCUAAUGAUACUGAACGAAGGUCUUCUGUGGAAGAACACACAAAAAAGCAACAUAAGAAAUGUAAAGUUAAGUGGAAAAAAAGUCCUUAAGUUUGUCUCCCGUUUUGCCCAUUUUUCAAAAAAAAACAGUGAGAAAGAUGGUGAAAUUGUAGGUAGAAGAAAGAAAGAAGUGUGAAAGGGAAGUAGAGAAGGUAUUUUUUUAGUUAAAAUUUUUUAAUUUGCAAAUAACAAAGGCGACUAUAAUUACUCAGAAAAAAGGAGAAGAAGAUAAAGAGCGACACUAACAUUUAUUGUGAAUAGCAGAAGAGAUGUAAAAAAAUUUAUCUAAAGUUGAUUUAGGUGACAAAAUUUGCGUAAAAAAUUGUUGGUAUGAGAAAUUUUUUGAUUUAAUCGAAAUUAUAAUGAUCAGAAGAUGAUCAAAAUGUUUAAGCAUGUUUCGGCAAGUUUUUCACACACACACACACACAUCUUUGUAAAUCUUAAUCAUUUUCCUUUUAAUGCUUGUAGUGCAGAGAAAAAGAAAAAGUGCCCAAAGACUGACUUUGUGGCCUCUGAAGCCACACAGAAGAAUAUAGAGAAGAUUUCUUUCACAUAAUCCACUCUCACAUUUAUAAAAAAUAGGGAGGAAAUGAAAAUUGAUUUCACAAAGAAGAGAAAAUGCGGAAUUUGAGGUGGAAAGAGAAAAUAUAACGUACGUAAAAGGUUUCAAUGUGAACAAAGUUGUGUAAUGUCUUAACAUUUUUUUUUUAAUUUUAUAAUUUGAACAAAGGUUUUCCAUGAGAAUUUUCUGUUUUUCUUUGUCUUUCUGUAUUCCUGUUCUUUUCUGAUUCUUGUCCUUUGCCGUGACGGUGAAAUGGGGAAAAAAAAACUUAACUCAAAGUCAAUAUUUAAUGAAGACAAUUUAAAAAGAGCAAAUUUUAAUAAAAUAUAAAUGAUGAUGAAGAAGAAAAAGUUAGCGAUAAAACGGGGCCAAACUGAAUGCGUGGGGCGAAAAAACUUCCAUUCAUUAACAAAAAUGAAAUUCUUCCUCUUUAAUGAAUUAUUUUACUCUCAUUUUCUAUCACACUUAUAAUAAAUAAAGAAAAAAAUCUUCGCACUGUCCUCGAGCGCCCUGCGAAUUUUUACAUGACAAGAUAUGAAUGUUUUUUGGAACCAUUUUUAUCAAAACCACUCCACAAUUCGUGCGUGUGCGUGAAGAGAGAACAUUUUAUAUCACCAGUGAAAAUAAGGGUGGGGGAAGAAAGCGCAGUGGAGGAGGAAAAGUAUUGGGAAAAUUCUCUGUAAACAAUGUUGAACAAAAAAAAAGUAAAGAAAAAUAGAAGGAAAAAUCAAAUAAAUUCUGGCAAAGUUGAGAGAGAGAUUUUAUUGGGCGGAGGCGAAGAGAGAAAGAAGCAACAAGAAUAGUAUAAAUUGUGUAUUAGAACAGAGUCACAAAAGUGUUUGUGACACUCAAGUAACUGAUAAGCGGAUGAAAAGUGGAGUAAGUCUAAUAAAAGUGAAAUUAUUACAAUUAAAUGUAAUGUUAAAACGAGAACAAAAACCAAAUAUUCACAAAAAUCUGGACACAAUAUUAAAUUAUUAACUAUUAAAUUACUAAUUGUAGCGUAAAGUGAAGUUUGUAUAAAGUUGAGAGUGAGAAGAGAAGUAGAAAGAAGGGCGAGAGAGUGAGAAAUUAUUUGAAGAACACAAGAAGGAAGAAGAAAUCAAUUUAUUAAUUAAUAACUAACAAAAAAAAGAAGAUAUGAAUGUAAAUUAUUGAGGAAGAAAAAACAGCACAUGAUCACAUUUAAAAAAAAAUGGUAAAGAAGAUAUUUAAAGUUGAAAGGAGGAAAAUCCGUAGUUUUCAGUCAAUUUGUAGAGAUUAUAUAUUUAUUGAUUCCUCAUCCGCGCCCUUCCUGACUAAGAAAAAGAAGAGAAGAAGCAAAAAACAGUGUUUCAAAUGACGGCUCAUUUUUGUGAGGUAAACAAUUUGAGGAGGAAAGAUUGAAAAUCACUCAUUAUAAAAAGUAAUUCAUAAAUUAAAGGUAUAAACAAUUGUAAAAGGGGGAUUUAAGUGAUUUAUUUUUUAGGAAAUAAAAGGAAAGCAUCUAAAUUAAAUCUUGUACAUAGUGAACAUAAUUUUAAAUUAAAUUAUAUUUAAUUCAAUGAUGAAAUUACAAAAAAAAUAUAUUAACUUAACAAAAUAUUGUAUUAAUUAUUGACAAAAAGAAGAUGAAGAAGAGAGAAGAACCUACAUUAAUUAUUGCUGUAUUUAAUGCGAAAGAGAUGACGAAUUCUUAAGGAUUUAUCUAAAAAAAAAAAACUCACUCCUAAUUAAUACACAUUACACAAAGAGAGAAAACAAGCAGUAAUUUUAAUUUUAGUGAUAUAAAGUGAACAUUUUGAAAGAAAAAUGAUGAAAAGUAUAUAUUAAAUGUAAUUAUUAAACUGAAACAUGAUUGAUGGCAAGGGAGACGCGGUCAUUGAGCAACAAUACCAACUGUGUUGUCUGGAGUGACGUAAUGUGGAAAGGAGACUGAUAUCCCAUUUAAUUUUCCUAUUAUCCUUCGCUCCUCACUUGACAAGAAAACCAACAAAAUACAAACUUUGUAGUGUGUUUAGACGAGAAAUGAAGGUUUAUUCUCAAAGUUCAUCCCGCACACGAACCCUUUCGGCUUAAAUCACUCUGGACAAAGUGUAAUUAUAUAUUCGAGGAGAGACACAACACAAAAUAUUAUUACGAUGAUUAUUAAUUAUUAUUAUUGAACUUUAUAGGAAGAGAGAUGAAAGAGAGAGAGAGA